UUUGCAUGCCUUAUGUGCAGAUCAUCCAAAGAACCUUACUAAAUAUUAUAAGGUUAAGGAAUGAGCUGAGUAGGUAUGUCAAUCAAUUUUUGCUUCUCUAUACUUCCUUCAAACUAUCUAUACAUACAUCUCUGAUACAUACAUAGCAAUAUAUAUAUAUAUAUAUACACAUCUUCUUUUUUGCUUUUAUGGUUUCUGAUUCAUUUUCUCCAAUGUUCUUGUUGUGUCUCCAAACCAAGCCAUGUAAUUUAUUCACAUUGAAAGUAACCUUUCCAACAUCGGUAACCUUCCUUCUGUGUUUGUCUGUUUCUUCCCAUUGUUUCUUCUUGUAAGAAAUGAUUAGGAGAAAGGAGGUUGUAUAUGUCAAUGUACAUAUGCUCUCAUUCAUAUCAUAGAUGUGUGUUGCUUCUGUUUGUGUUCCAUGUCUUGUAUCAGUCUCAGUUCCUGGUAAUGUCCGUACUCGUACAGUACUGGUUUCAAAGGUAUAUAUGAUAGUUACUCCAUGCAUGAAUCCAACGCUGUCCGCGUCAAUAUCCACUGCGUUUGAUUUUGGUUGUAGUUAAAUCUCCACAUGUUCUUUUCUCAGUGAUAGGACAGGAAAAUUUAUGAACAGGGGCAGCAGCUUUUCAGUUUUAUUAGCCGACGCUCGUUCUGGUUAAAGAACAACCGAUGUAAGAACCGGACUAAACCGGUUUUUUUGAGCUUUAAACCGGACGACCCAUGUAGAACCGGUCGAUUCGGUUAGAUUUUUCUAUCUUUGAAUCGGCACAAUUUGUCAAUAUUAGGCAGUUUUUGUUCGACUGCGUCAUCAUCCGACCGACAUGGUUCAUGAGAACAGAAAAAAAAAGAAGAAGAUUAAACAGUACAGAGAAAAGUGUCCGAAUGUACGCAGGGAAGCAAUUGAGGGCAGACAAAAAAGGCAGGAGAAUCUGAAGAGGACGAAUCCGAAAAAAUCUCUUAUCUGCAUAUGAUAAAAAGAAUCAGCUUUCUCGGUUCCUCUUCUUCAUCGACAUGAUCGUCUGUUCAUAAAAUCUCGCACGCCCAGAUGGGGUUCGAUGAUUCUGCAUCUGCUACCAGCAACAUGAAGCCCGUCGGAAAUUCCAGACCCGACCGGAAUGUUGCUCAGUACACAGCCGACGCCGGUAUCUUGGCCGAGUUCGAUCAGUCAAAUUCUUCUGGCAAGUCAUUCGACUACUCAAAAUGGAUCAUUUCACCGCCGCUUACUGUUUCUGAUGAACAGAUCACGGCCUAUUUAUCUAAAAUCCAGAGGGGUGGGUUUGUCCAGCCGUUUGGCUGCAUGCUUGCUGUGGAGGAAUCUGGUUUCCGGAUACUGGGCUGCAGCGAGAAUUGUGUCGAGAUGCUUGAUCUGUGUGUGGGUUCGAGCUUUCAUGGCAGUGGGUUCGAGUUCAAAGAUGUGAAGGGCUUGAUCGGAAGCGAUGCAAGAGCACUUUUCGAGCCGUCUUCUGGCGCUUCCUUGGCAAAAGCUGCUUCCUUUGCGGAUAUUUCGCUGUUGAAUCCGAUUUUGGUUCAUUCUAGAACGACCCUGAAGCCAUUUCACGCCAUACUUCACAGAAUCGAUGUGGGAAUCGUGAUUGAUUUGGAGCCCACUAAAUCCGGAGACCCUGCCUCGAUGCUUGCAGGGGCGGUUCAAUCUCAGAAACUAGCCGUACGGGCCAUCUCUAGGCUGCAGUCUCUGUCGGGGGGAGACAUAGGUGCUUUGUGCGAUACAGUCGUGGAGGAUGUGCAGAGGCUUACAGGUUAUGAUCGGGUCAUGGUGUAUAAAUUCCAUGAAGAUGAUCAUGGCGAAGUUGUGUCUGAGAUCAGGAGGUCUGAUUUGGAACCUUACAUGGGCUUACACUACCCAGCAACCGACAUUCCUCAGGCGGCGCGUUUCUUGUUCAGACAGAACCGUGUCCGAAUGAUCUGUGACUGCAGAGCGACACCGGUCAGGAUCAUUCAGAGCGAGGAACUCGACCAGGCGGUCUGUUUAGUCAAUUCAACGCUGAGAUCACCACACAGUUGCCAUACUCAGUACAUGGCUAACAUGGGCUCUAUAGCUUCUCUUGUGCUUGCAGUCAUGAUCAAAGACAAGGACUUGACCAAGCUCUGGGGUCUGGUAGUGGGUCACCACACUUCACCGAAAUACGUGGCCUUCCCCAUCCGAUAUGCUUGCGAGUUCCUGAUGCAAGCCUUUGGCCUGCAACUGCAUAUGGAGCUACAGUUGGCUGCUCGGUUAGCCGAGAAGAAGGUCCUGAAAACGCAGACCCUUUUGUGCGAAAUGCUUCUCCGUGAUACGGUUUCGGCUAUUGUGACUCAGUCUCCGAGUAUAAUGGACAUUGUCAAGUGUGAUGGAGCUGCAUUGUACUACAAGGGGAAGUGCUGGUUAGCGGGUGUGACUCCGAACGAGUCACAGGUCAAGGAUCUCGUCAAUUGGAUGCUCGAGAAUCACGGUGAUUCCACCGGGUUGACCACUGUCAGUUUGGUAGAUGCAGGUUAUGGUGGUGCCGCUUCGCUUGGAGAUGCGGUUUGUGGAAUGGCCUCUGCCCGGAUAAGUUUGGAUGAUUUCUUGUUCUGGUUCAGGUCACAUACCGCGGAUGAAAUCCAAUGGGGAGGAGCCAAGCAUCAACUUCUGGAUAAGGACGAUGCUAAAAAGAUGCAACCGAGGUCAUCCUUUAGGGCAUUUCUCGAAGUGGUGAAAAGACGGAGCUUGCCGUGGGAAAUCUCGGAGAUCAAUGCUAUUCACUCCCUGCAGGUCAUAUUGAGAGAGACGUUUCAGAAUAAUGUGCAAGAGGGCGGGUCUGGGUCAGUUUCCGGGCUAAUGCCGAGCGAUGCCAUGGUGAAAGACGUGAACAAGCUGACUUCCUUCGUGUGUGAAAUGGUUAGGCUGAUUGAAACGGCAACUGCGCCCAUUUUCGGGGUGAAUUCAUCCGGCUGUAUCAAUGGCUGGAACCCUAAAGUUUCGGAAUUGACAGGGCUGCUGGCUAGUGAAGCCAUGGGGAAGUCUCUGACUAAUCACAUUGUUCGAAGUGAUUCAGGUCCAGCUGCUGAAACUCUUCUCUCCAGAGCCUUACAAGGUGAGGAGGACAAAAACGUGAUGUUGAAGCUGAGAAGAUUCAGGAACGGGCAGCCGGAUUCUUCUGCUGUGUGUGUUCUAGUCAAUGCUUGCACCAGUCGGGAUUACACAAACAAGAUCAUCGGUGUUUGCUUUGUCGGCCAAGAUCUCACAGGCGAGAAAACAAUGACGGAUAAAUUCAUAAGACUGCAAGGGGACUACAGGACUAUCUUUCAAAGUCCCAAUCCAUUGAUCCCGCCGAUAUUCGGGUCAGAUGAGAAUGCAUGCUGUUCAGAAUGGAAUGCAGCCAUGGAAAAGCUUACCGGCUGGCCAAAGCACGAGGUUAUCGGGAAAAUGCUCCCCGGUGAAGUUUUCGGGGGCAUUUGCAAGGUGAAAGAUCCGGAUUCUCUUACAAAAGUCCAGAUUUCGCUGUACCGUGGGAUUACAGGCCAAGGGUCGGAGAAAUCGCUGGUGGGGUUUUUCAGCAGGGAUGGCAAGUACCUCGAGGCGUUCUUGACGGCCAUUAGAAGAACUAAUGCAGAAGGGAACAAGCUCGGCUGUUUCUUCUUCUUGCAGACUAUAGACAGAGAAUCGGAUGGAAGCUGGCAAGAAAACAAAGAGAAUCUCAAGAGUCUCAAUGAGCUGGUUUACAUAUGUCAGGAAAUCAAGAAUCCGCUCAACGGGAUCCGAUUUGCGCAUAAACUUCUCGAAGCAACCGAUAUGUCAGAAAACCAGAAGCGGUUUCUGGAGGAUAGCUAUGCCUGUGAGAGACAGAUUGCAACGAUAAUCGAGGGAACUGACACGAGAAACAUUCAGGAAAGAAAGUGGAAGAUGAAAGUGGAGGAGUUCUUCCUCGGAAGGGUUUUGGACACAGUCAUCAGCCAGGUCAAGGAGCUAAUGGACGAGAAGAACUUACAGCUCGAGCUCGAGGUCCCUGAAUGGAUCAAAGCUCUUCCACUCUAUGGCGACAGAGUUUGGCUUCAACUCAUCCUCACAGAUUUUCUGCGCAAUUCAGUGAAUCACACUCCAUUUCCAGAUGGGUGGGUAAAGAUCAAAAUCUCAUCUGUAGGUGACAGUGACCAUUAUAUCAGUCUGCAGUUCAGGAUGAUACAUCCAGGGAAAGGGAUUCCAUCAGAGACGGUGUCGGAUAUGUUUGAGGGUGGUGGAGAUAUAUCGAGCUCGCCUGAUGGGUUAGGGCUAAACUUCUCAAGGAAACUGCUGGAGCGAAUGAAUGGUCGUGUCAACUAUGUCAGAGAACAGGACACAUGUUACUUCUGUGUGGAUCUUCAACUUAGGACAGCCAAGGAAGAAGAUACAGACAUGAGAACUGAAGCUGGUUCUAGCAAAAUCACUUAGAAUUUCUUUUACAUCAUCUCUCCCCUUUGUUCCAUAAUGCUUGUUGCAUAAAAUAAGUCACUGUCGUGGAGUUUUGCCUGCAAAUCGGUUCGGAAAGA